UUAAUUCUUUAGUUAGUGUUUGUGUUGUGUAGUGAAAAGCGUCGUAGUCAGAAUUAGUAAGCAAUAGUUUGUAGAAAAAAAAUUAAAUUUUUUAUACAAAAAUACCAAAAUGCGCUCAAGUAAAAAGUAAAACCCAAUAGGGAAAUGUUUUAGCAGGAGGAACCCUUUUUAAAACCUGAAAAAACAGAUAUGAAAAACGGUAAUGGAGGAAAUUCACUGUGAUAUUUUAAGAAAAUUUCAUAAAGCAAUAAUCGACGAUGUCGAUGUUAAUAAUGAAAUAAUAAAACCCCUAAGAAAAGAAAAUAUUCUCGAUGAUGAAAAUAUCAAGAGUAUUUUAAAUGGAAGAACGCUUAAGGAGAGGGCAUCUAUAUUGUUGGAAUUAUUACCGCAAUGUGGACCCUCGGCAUUUGAUGCAUUUAAUCAAGCAUUAAAACAUCAUUAUUGUUGGAUUAGUACACAAAUGGAAAAAUAUUUAGAAUUGACACAAUUGACAUCAUGUGCUGCGAGUCUUUGUAAUGAUCUUCCUCCUGUACCACGACUUCUUGUCACAAGAGAGGAUAAGGUAUUAAAGUUCAAGCAGGAUUUAAGAAAAUUAAAACCUGGCAAACAUCUUGCUCUACAUGGCUUAAAAGGAUUUGGUAAAAAGAGUCUCAUUGUGAUAACAUUAAAGGAUGAUAAUUUAGUUUCAAACUUAUUUCGGAAUGAAGUUUACUGUUUGAAAUUCAGUUAUUCUGACAAUAAAUUACAAAAUCGAGAAUCUAUUGACGAACGAAAAAUUGAUGAAGAAAUAUUAAUUCAACUCAACGUAUUGUAUCAACGCAUUAAAAAAUCUGAUACACUUCCAACCCCAUUAAAAUCCGAACCACUCAAAGAAUGUUUAAUUAGAUUAAUUAAAUUGCAUUUCUGUCUUAGACAACAUGAGAAUGCUCUUCUAAUAUUAGAAGACGUCUGUUGUAAGAAAAUUGUUGAUACAUUUAAUUUUUGCUGUAAAACUCUCGUUAUUACUGACGAUCUUUCAGUUGUAAAACACAAGCAUCCGAUUAUUUUCAAGGUACAUGAUGGAUUCACAGAAACAGAGUCUUUGUGUUUAUUUGCCAAAGUUUUAAAUGUUUCUGUGGAACAACUUCCGCCGGAAGCGAAAAAAAUUCACGAGGAAUGUAAAGGAAUGCCUUUACUUAUUUCAAUGUUCUCGGCACAAUUCGAGGACUUUAAAGAGCAAUUGAUUGCAGAUCGUGCACGAUGGAAGUACUAUUUAAAAUGUUUACGAAAACGAGAUCCAGAUAAUAGAGCAAUUCAAAGACGAACAACAAUCUUCGAUAUGUGUAUUGAAAAACUUCAACCAGAUUUGAAAGAACUAUAUUUUGAAUUAUCAAUUUUUAGCGAAGGUGUAAACAUAAUGCCGAAGACUUUGGAAAUUUUAUGGGGCCUAGAAUCAUUUGAUGUGGACGAAUUGAUGUUGACACUUUGCAACAAAUCACUGGCAGCUAGACAAUGGAAUGCAGAUUUAAAAAAUUAUGUCUACGGUAUUCAUGAUCUUUUACUUAGUCAUCUUCGAAUGAAAUUAUCGCCUCAUAUAAUGAUAGAAAAACAUCGAUCGUUCAUCAAAAAAUAUCAAAAUGUUUGUCGCAAUGAUUUUUCAAAAUUGCCAAAUGACAAUUAUGGUUUCUCCUAUAUUGGUCAUCAUUUGGAGCAAGCCCAAUUAUACGAUUAUUUUGAGAAAAUCUAUUUAAAUCUCGAAUUUAUUCAAGCGAAAAUAAUAAAUGCCGGCCUAAAUGAUUUAUUGAUUGAUCUUGAGAAAUACGAGGAAUAUAUAAGUCGUAGUUAUAGAGAUGAUCUUUUACAAAAAAUCAGUGAUAUCGAAAAAUUUCUCAAGGAUCAUAUGAGUAUUUUUACAAAACAUGGAAUUCGAAAUUGUCUCGAUAUCGUUCAAAUAGCAUUAUAUCACGCUGAGGAGGGAUUCAUUAUGGAUCAAGCUCGCGAAUUAGCGAGUAAACGUGCUUCAAAUCUUUAUUUAUCUCGCACAAAAAUACUCGGACACGGUAAUAUUUCAUCGAGUGAAAAUUUAUCAACCGAAUCAACAAUUGAUUCCUUCAUUGAAGAUGUAUCAACAAUUUGCUUUAUAGACGAUCCACAUUCAUUGUUGAUAGCAACAAAAAAUGGCGACAUUGUCGACAAAAAUCUUGCUGUUAAAAAAUCCAAUUACAUUUAUGGAUUUCAAAAGAAAAAAAUUGUCCUAUUGGUACUAUCACAUCUUGACAAUUGUUUUCUUGCAUUAAGCGAUGAAGGAAAGGCAAAACUUUUUUCUCUUAAUGAUGAAGAAAGUUCCGACGAUGGUCGAAUUGUUCAAAGUCCAAGGGAAAAACAAAAUUGUUGGACAGGAUUUUUUAGCAAUAAAUUAACGCAAGACGAUAGUUUACAUACAUUUUGGAUUGAAGAUGAUCCCAUUUCUGAUAUUACAUUUUCGCCGAAAGAUCAAUUUAUUGCCGCUUGUACGCCAAAGGGUACAAUACAAGUGUGGAAAAGAAAUGGAGAAAAUUUUCAAACAUUAUCAGUAAAAAAUAAUUGUUGUUUGAAAAAAAUAACAUUUACAUCCGAUCAAUAUCCAAAUAUUCUAUUGCAUGUUAUGGAUGAAAAUAAAUGUGUUUUAAUAACACACGAAUUUGCCAAUAAUAGAUUUGAAUAUAAAUCCUCCUAUAAUCCACAAAUUUGUCAACGUGAGGAGAAUAUGAAGAUUGUCUUUUUUAAAGGUUUACCAUUAGAAAAUAAUUCUUUGAUUUUAGUGACAAAAAAUAAAGCGGUGCACAUUAAAUGGCUUCAAUCGGAAACUCAUAAUCAAAUACACAGUUUUAUGAAACAAGAGAAAGCGGAAAUUGAUGAUCCGAACACAAUUUUUAUCUGUGCAACAGUAACAUACGAUGGUCAAUAUUUAAUUACUGCUAAAUCUGAUGGGAUCAUUAAUGUUUGGGAGAUUCACAGUAGUUUCGAGCCGAUUGCAAUUUAUAAGGGAAAUGUUUUUUGUUUGGAUACCUAUUGGAAUAAAGGGGAAGGAAAACAUCUGUUCUGCGGCAAUGAGAAUAGAAUAAUACACAAAUGGGAAUUAAAGGAAAUCGAAGUACCGAAACCUUUACAUAAACCAUUAUUCACCGCUCUAAUGAAACCUUUGGGAGAUGAUUUGGUUGCGAGACAAACUUCAAAAAAUACAAUAGCUGUGAUAAGAGGGAACAAAAAUAAAUGGAAAAUGGUAGCCGAAACAGGAUUAGUCGAAGGAAAAGUAAACACCAUGAUAUUAACUCCAGAUGGCUCUAAAUUAAUUUACGAUAUUGUAAAGGAACAACGACAAGAGAUAUUUGUACUUUAUGUUGAUACUAACAAUUCUAUUCGUAUCUCGUCACGAAAAAGAACAUCGAACUUUAUUAAAAUUGUAACCAAUUUUGAAAGUGGUAUUGCAAUUCUUUUUCAAGAAAAUGAUAAUGCUCUGAAUGUAUGGCUGGAGGCGAAAGUAUGUUACAUAGUACAAGAUACUGGUAAUGUGAUGUCAAUUUACGAAAUGGACAAAGAAGAAGUUUUGACAGUAGCAGAAAAUUUUGUAAUUAAUUAUUGGUACGUUUGUGGCUCCAAUUGGCUUUUAGCAACUAGUCAAAAUUAUGGAACUUCAAAUUCAACUGCGAUAAGUAGCACUUUGAGUGCUGAUAAAUCAUUUUUAGCUGUGCUUAAUGAUGAAAGAAAAGUGGUUGUGCUUUACAAUAUAAAAAAAGAUCUCCAAGUGAAUCCAGUUCAAGUGUCAAUUAACGUUUAUCACGUGAAUUAUAAUUUUCAAGAGAAAAUUACCUGUCUCGAAUUUUCCGGUGACGAAAAACUUUUGGCCAUUGGUUUUGAGAACGGAAAUAUUUCUAUUUUUGAUGUGAAUGAAAAGAAGGAAGUGAACUCGGUUUCUCUUCACUGCAGUCGAAUUAUCGAAAUGUAUUGGGCCCCAAGUUCAUACAAUGUACCAAUUUUACUGUCAAUUAAUGCCGAGGAACUUAUUUGGUGGAACGUUGCACCAAUUAUCGUGAAACCUAUACGAAGACAAAAUCGAAUGGGUCGCAGUAUCAGUAUGCAAAGUGUUCCUAGUCCAAGAUCAAGCUUUAAAAUGAAGAACAGUCAAAGCAGCGAGAGCAAGUUAAGUAUAGCUACUAUCGGUACGAAUGGAAUUGAAGGCAUGAAUGUUAAUAAUAACAUUAAUGUUGAAAACAUUAAUGGAGCUAAUAGUGGCAAAAACAUUAUUAAUGGCAAAAACAUUAAUGGCGAGAACAUUAAUGGCAAGAGCAUUAAUGGUGAUAGCAUUAAUGGCAAAAACAUUAAUGGAGAUAAUGUUAAUGUGAAAAACAUUAAUGGCGAUAACAUUAAUGGAAAAAAUAUUAAUGGUAAUAACAUUAAUGGUGGUAAUAAUAAUGUCACCAAUACCAAUGGCACAAAUGGUGUCAAUGGUACUGGUAAUGGAUGCCAAUCGAGCAACAAUAAUGGAACUUCUAUUACUACUGCACUCCAAAGAGUCGAUUUAGCUAAAUACUUUUGGCAAUCGAAAGUAGAAAAAGUAGAUAAUUCUGCUAUGCUAUGUUUAGUUCCUUUGCCAUCGUGCAACGCAAAAGUAUGCGUUUCCGAAAAUUUCAAUAAAUUUCUGACAGUAGACAAUAAUGGAUACGUCAGUACAUUCGAGCCAUUUGGUAUAUUGGAUAUUAUAUAAAAAAAAAAAAAUUUUAUAAACUACUCAGCAUCUAAUUUCUGAGAAGUGAAAAAAAUCUAUUGUGAUAUUCCAACAGUUGUUUCAUAAAAAAAAAAACAGACAUCACAGAAGUCUGUUAAUUGGAAUCAAGUCUCUUGAGAACGCAAGUUUCUUUAAAACAAGAGGUUGACUUUAAAUUAGUCAAUUUUUGAUAUAACAAAUACAAUUUUUCAAAAUAAAUUAGAAAAGUAGCUCAAAUUUUUUAAUAGAAGAAUAAAAUAUUUACUGUCAAAUUCUAGUCGCCUCUGUGAAAAAUUAACACUUUUCAAGAAAUUUGAUUCAUUUUCAUAUAAAAAAAAACUUGAUAAUAUAAAUAUAUUAUACAUAUAUAUAUAUAAUACGAAACAAUGCAUUCCAAUUCUUUCAUUCGGAAGAUUUGUGAAGUUUUUCGUAUUCGUGAAAGAAAGUUUUUUAUACAAUUUUUUUUUUUAUUCAGAAAUAAUGAAUACUCAGUUUAGGACAGGUUUUUUUUAUAUAUUAUAAUAUAGUUUUUUGAGAACAAACAAAAAAAAACGUGAUUUGAUCUUGUGAUUAAAUGGGAUAAAAAGCGAAUACUUGCUCAAUUUUAUAAUGUUAGGAAAUAUUACAAUUUUUUAUCCGCAAGUCAUCAAGCACUGCCACAAGCAUUUAAAUGAAAUAAGAAUUUUUUUUAUCAAAUAGAGAAUCUCAAAGGUUAGAAAAAAUAUUUUUUUCAAAUAUUUUGCAUUUAUUUUUUUUUGCUAUUACACUCUAACAAAAAAAAAAAAAAAAAAAACGAAAACACGAAUUUUUGUAGUUUUUGUAUACGAUCUCAAGCAAUAACCGAUGACUGUUUUUUAAUAUACUUUACAAUUUUUCACACUAAACUUUUUUUUACACGCUAUUAAAAUAAUAAAAAGGAGCAAAUAUUGCGUAAUUAAUUUUCAUCUGUAAUUCAGUGAUUUACAACUGUCUUUGUGCUAUUUAGAUUAUUUUUCAAAACUGUUCUGUGCUUAUUUAGAAUUUUAGGAAAAAUAAUAUUUUAAAAAUCUAUUGUCAUGACUGUAUGGUAAUGAAUUACCAUAUUAUUUUCAAUUUUAUAUUUCUCUUUCAACUGUCCUGAAUGAUACAUUAUAAUUACGAAUUUUUAAGUUGUCGAAAAAUUGAUAAAAUCCCCAAUUGAAUCGAAUAUUUUUCGUACUUAAAAAUACGUUUUGCUAAUAUUCAGAAAAUGAAAGUGCCUUAUAGGUAAAUUUUUAACAUUCCUAAUUAAGAUUAUUAUUAUUAUUAUUAUUAUUAAUGUGCAAAAUUGAAAAUCUUCAAGAAUUUUUCCAGAUAAAUAUUUUUUUGAAGACAAAGUUAAUUUGUUCAUUAUUGUCUAAAUAUUUUAUACUGUAUAUCAAUAAGUCGUAAAUAUUUCAUUGUUAAUUUAAUGUUACUUAACAUUAUUCAAUGUUAUUUAUUAUCAACAUUGUCUUUAAAAAUAUUUUUCUUGAUGAAAUUCAUCACUUUUCUGAGUCUGAGAUUUCUUGCCAUUACAAAAAUUAAUAAGUCAUAGAUUUAUAUCAUAUAUGUACUUUCAUAUAAAUAUAUAUAUAUAUAUUAUAGAAGAUAACUUUUUAUAAAUGUUUUUUAAUAAAUGUCUUUAAUAAAUAAGUAAAUAAAUAUAUAUUAUAUAUAAAUAAAUAAUACACUACCAUAAUGUAUUCAAUCGAACAGGGUUCCCAGACACAGAAAAGUAUAUUGAAGAAUUUUCAAUUUUUAGUAUAAAUAUUUUUUGUUUUGUUUUUGGUGCGGAAUCUUUCGUCUUUUCAUUAAGCAAAUUCCCUGUCAAUUCAAUGCAAAAUUUGUUUUCUCUUCUAUUUUUAUCAAUUUUUUAUAUUUCUCAAAAUAACUAGGACAUAUUUUUCUUUUUUUUACUAUUAAAUGAUAGAUUAUACAAAAUUAUAAUAUUAACAUAGUUGGAAAAAUUUUUGUAUUGAAUUGACACAUGGAAUGCAUCAUUAUGAAGACGGAGAAAAACGAUCAAAAAAAUUUUUUUCUGUUAUGAUAAAAUGCAUAUUAAGCCAU